UCUUGUGCAAACAAGAAGUGAUAUAACCAAGACCUUGGUUUCAUCUGUAGCCAUUCAGAACUGUAGAAGUUUAGUGGUAUUUUGAUCAGUGUUAGUGAUACAUACAACUCUUCUGAAAUUGAAAAUGAAAAUCUGGCAAACUACAUUUUUGUUAAAAGUUAUUUUCAUGGUAAACAAUGUUUAUUCUUUCCCACAUCUGAGUUCCCUAUCAGAGAUGAAUGCAACUUGGAAGGCAUCUAACACCAUACCUUGUCGUUAUCAGCCAUCUGAUGAAUAUAUACAAAAAGAGAUCAGAUGGAGUAAAGAUGAUCGAACUGUAAUACAAAGAGACAAAUCAGGUGAUCAUAUCCCAAUGUCCAAAUACAGGGGCAAGGCAAGUAUUCUUAAUAGCCCUGCAGGUGAUGUGUCCCUCAUCUUAAACGUGAUGCUUGGUGACAGUGGAGUGUAUUUCUGUGAAGUUACAUGGACCUCCAGAGGAACCAAAGAGACCGCUACUAAUAAAGUACAUACACAGGUGAAAGUCAUUAAAGUUGAAGUUACAAAGCCUGUUGUCACACCCAGUGGAUCUCGGUAUUUACUAUAUGAAGGAGAAAUGUUAGACCUCAUAUGUAAAUCACAAGGCACCCCUCCAAUUGAAUACAAAUGGUACAAGAUUUGUUCAGGAUGCCAGGAUAAAAUGGAAAUAUCAAGUGACGACACAUAUAAAUCUCCAUCUGUCAGCCAUUCGGAUGAAGGAAGAUACUACUGUGAAGCUACAAACAGUUUUUCUGGGCAAACAUACUUAAAAACCAGUGAAAAGUUAGAACUGGUGAUACUAGAUAAAACUACCACCACAAACUCUCCUACAAUAAAAACUAAAACUGCUGCCACAAGCUCUCCCACUAGAAAAAUGUCAUUAUCACCCUUUACAACAGAAGUUACAGCCAAAAAGUCAAGUCAUGUUUCUGAAGCCACCACAUUACAGCCAGUAUUUAAAACCACAGUUACAACCAAAAAGUCAGGUCGUGUUUCUGAAACCACCACAUUACAGCCACUGUUUAACACCACAGUUACAACCAAAAAGUCAAGUCAUGUUUCUGAAGCCACCACAUUACAGCCAGUACUUAAAACCACAGUUACAACCAAAAAGUCAGGUCGUAUUUCUGAAGCCAGCACAUUACAGCCACUGUUUAACACCACAGUUACAGCCAAAAAGUCAAGUCAUGUUUCUGAAGCCACCGCUUUACAGCCAGUACUUAAAACCACAGGCACUACCAAAACUACAGUGUGUAUUACAGAAGCAACAUUAUUACACAGAUUAACCACUACAGACACGAGCUAUGUGAAUUCAUUACCAGAGCAUCCUUCAGAGAUUUUAUCAGAAAGCUUGAGAGAUAGCAAUAUUAAGAACAGGACAGAGGAGAUUGAACAGAAGUGGAUUAUGAAACUGCAGGCUGAUAAACCCCCUGGAAUUAAUGUUGUGGUAUCACUGCAGAGCACUGUAACUGACUACAACUCUUCGCAAACUGCUCAGCACGGGACUAACUGCACAGUACUUGACUAA